AUGACGGCCAAGGUGAGCGUCAAGUGGGGCAAGCAGGUGUUCCCGGACGUGGCGGUGGACAAGGCGGCGCCCGUGGCCGUGUUCAAGGCGCAGCUCUACGCGCUCACGAACGUGCCCGUGGAGCGCCAGAAGCUCAUGUCCAAGGCCUGGAAGGGCAUGCUCAAGGACGACGUGGACCUCGCCACGCUCGACAAGCUCGUGGACGGCACGGGCGUCAUGCUCAUGGGCUCGGCCGAGGUCGUGCAGAAGCCCAAGGAGCCCAUCGUCUUCAUCGAGGACAUGACCACCAAGGACAUCGCCGCCACGGGCACAGUGUACCCCGCCGGCCUCGUGAACCUGGGCAACACGUGCUACAUGAACGCCACGCUGCAGUGCCUGCGCCCCGUGAAGGAGCUGCGCGAGGCGCUGAAGGCGCAGGCGGGAGGCGUCUCGGCCGACCUGGCCAACAACUUCACCACGGCGCUCAAGGACAUGUACGGCCAGCUGGACGGCAGCGUGGACAGCAUCACCCCCGCCAUGUUCGUGACCGUGCUGCGCCGCGCGUACCCGCAGUUCGCGCAGCAGUCGCCGCGCAGCGGCGGGUACAUGCAGCAGGACAGUGAGGAGUUCCUCUCGACGCUCUUCUCGACGCUGCAGCAGACGCUGACGCAGCCCGCGGGCGGACUCAAGUCGCUCGGACCCACGUCCAACGUGGUGGACGCGCUGUUCGGACUCGAGAUGGAUGAGAAGCUCGAGUGCACGGAGAGCGACAUGGAGCCCGUGAUCGUCAAAAAGGAGAAGGCGCUCAAGCUCGUGUGCAACAUCACCAUUGACACCAACCACCUGUCCGAAGGCAUCAAGAUUGGACUGGAGGGCACGAUUGAGAAGCACUCGGAGGUGAAGGGAGCCAACGCCGUGUGGAAGAAGACGAUGCGGAUAAACCGCCUGCCCAAGUACCUGUGCGUGCAGUUCAUGCGCUUCUACUGGAAGGCGACGCCCGAGAGCCGCGACCACACCGGCGUCAAGUGCAAGAUGCUGCGGCCCAUUAGCUUCCCCAUGACCCUGGAUGUGUACGACUUCUGCUCCGACGAGCUGAAGGCAACCAUGAAGAUCUCGCGUGACAGAAAUGCUGAGAAGAUUCUAAACGAGUUUAAGGACAAGCCUGCUGGUGAGAAGAAGGAGGGCGAUGCUGAGGAGAAGAAGGAAGCGGAUGAGGAUGACCCGAUGGACGGCUUGUCCGAGGAAGAGAAGGCUGCCCUUGAGACUGCUCGCGCGCUCUCGCUGGGAGCGAAAUCCCCCGGCAUUGAGCUCCCCGUCGAUUUCCAAGGAAACUACGAGCUGUACGCGAUUUUGACGCACAAGGGUCGUUCUGCCGACUCUGGUCACUACAUGGCUUGGGUGCGCCACGAAGGAGACGACUGGUACUGCUACGACGACGACGAUGUGUCGCCGUGCAAGACAGAGGACAUCAUGAAGCUCAAGGGCGGAGGUGACUGGCACAUGGCGUACCUUGCUUUCUACCGUGCCAAGAACUAG